CUGUGUGCCGCAACUCGAUGGACAAUUAUCGAUUAGCGCCCUCGUCUCCCGCUCCUCUUACGAAGUCGACAGUCACGAAAAGAUCUCCUCCUGAGCUCGGUCAACUUUCUCCACACCAUGUCGAGAGAGAAUCCCGUACCAUCAAUGCCCGGAAGCAGGUGCUUGCGGGCUCGAUUGCUGCAUUUGUUUCAACGCUAGUUUGCCAUCCCAUCGAUGUCCUGAGGACAGAGCUGCAGACCACGCAAGAGACUCUCACGGCCCGCGAAUGCCUCCGCCGUAUUUGGCGGGCAGAAGGAAUGCAGGGCUUCUAUAAAGGUUUGAGUGCCCCGCUGGCAGCACAGGCUGUCUACAAAGCCAUCAUUUUCGGAACCAACUCCACGGCUCAACAGCUUCUCCUUGCCCGCACUAAGAAACGCCCCCGCCCUCCCUCCUCCAACCUCUCGCCGCCAUGCCUAAGCUACCCGGAGAUCUUUCUGUGCGGCGCCCUUUCGGGGGGAGUGAACGCCCUGGUCGUGACUCCGGUGGAACUGGUUCGCAACCGACUGGUUGUGUCCCACGGGGUGUAUUCAGGCCCCCGGGACUGCGUGGGGCAGGCAUGGAGAGGAGGGGGGUUCCGGGGGCUGUGGAACGGCUUGCUCCCCACCCUCUGCAGGGAUGGGCCCGGCGUGGGGGCCUGGUUUUUGGCGUUCGCGGCGGGGAAGGACGGGUUGCUGGCGUGGAAGAAAUCGACCAAGGGCCUGAGGGGAGGGAAAAGGGAGGCGGGAGAGGAGAAGCUCGGGGUGGGGGGGCUCCUUUUGGCGGGAUCGGGGGCAGGAGUGGCCUUCUGGACGGUGGCUUUGCCGUUUGACACGGUCAAGAGCGUGAUGCAGGUGGCGGGG